AUAGCGUUCGGACAGGGCAACGACGCUUCUUAACGAAAAAGCUGAACAAAUAUGUACCCCCGAACGUACUUUACCCGUGACGUCUUAGCGGCUCCCAGAUCCCCUUUCGCGCUCCCUUAAAAUAGCCGCGUCUUUGUGCAAGCCCCAACAGUAGUGUCCCAGUUGGCCAAGUGCUAACUGCUCCGCCGCCGGUGAUUAGAGUUAUCGUAACCGUUAGCAACUGCCACAGCAGAUUCGCCAAGCACUGUUAACAUUUGACCGGAUAUAAUUUGCAAUUACACAUACUAAAUACCAGCAGCACCAGCCUAAAAAUAAACCCAAAUAAGAUGCCUGAUGUAAAGUUCCUCUGCGUGCUGCCCACCAAUGCCAAUGCCUCCGACCGCGUGACCAGCCUUUCCGUCACCGGCACCCUGCUCCAGGAUCCACAGCAAUUCUCGGUGAACUUUGUCAACAGUCCGGAUUGUACGGACAACAUCACAUACCACUUCAAGGUGAUAAUUCCCACGCAGACGAUCGUCGAGAACUACAAGCGGAACGGCGAGUGGAGCAGCCUUCACCAGGAGAAGUACCUGAACAUCUUCGACGGUACAGGCGCUAGCGAUAAGAACCAAAAUCUGACCCAGAGCUUUUCAAGCAUUAUGAACGAGAUUGACGAGGCGCUCCAACUUUCAUCCACAGAAUCCUCGUUUUGCCUUGAGUUCGCCUUCGACUACGAUAACUCCACCAUGCGUGUUUACCAGGGCAGGGAGGCGGGUCAUAAUUUCAUUACCGAGUACGAGACCCUCUUCUCCCUCUCCGAUAUCCAGGCGGUGCAGGUUUGGGGAGAUGUGCAGAAGGUCAACCAGUUUUCCCUGACCUACAACUGAUAGGGAGAGAGCCCCCACACCCGAUCCCCAAGGAAUCCGGACGGCCAGUGGAUAUUAAAGCGUCUGAUAUUCAUACUUUCAGCAGCAGGGCGAGUCUUACCAAAAAUAUUCACGUAAACACACUGGGGCCAGCCUGGACGACCGCCCGCCCGUCCAGCUGCCACAUGCUUUAUAGCGCUACAAAAACUGAAGGCUCCUGUGCAAUCCAAAUAAAAUACAUACAUACACACUAUCUGCCAUAAAUUAUAUAUUCUAUUUACUUUCACAAUGGAAUCAUUGUCUAUUCACCCAAAAGAGGUAAUUACCAUCAACUUUGUUUUUAGCUUAUACAUACAUUCAUAGAUACACUGAUAUUUACAAUUUCUUUAAAAUAACACACAUUCUAUAAGCCUAUCUUAAAAGAACAGCUGGAAUAUCUAGCACUGCGGGUCACACUCAAUAAAAGCAUACUAUAAAAACACAAAAGUAAACUAGAAUAAGUUAAGGAGUUAAAAUAAUAUUGCACAACGGGAAAUAAUAAGUACACUAAGUACUAACUAAAAAGCAUUAAGGAACUGGGGACCAGCAACUGGAGUAGACGUAGACCGCGGACUAGGAAACGAGGUAAGCUGGAGUGUUGUAGC